AUGUGGCAGGUCGUGGUAGAGAGCGCGAGCGAGGCACACGGACCGGCGCGGCAUUUUCAUCGCGCGGAUCGCCAUCCGCCGGCCGGCGCCCGGCUCCCGGCUCCCGGCUCCGUUCCGCCCACUGGGGCAGUGGGCACACACUGCCUGCCACUGGUACGGGGCACGGGCGCCGCCGAGCGGUGCGCGGACAACGUGCGCGCCGACGAGCCACACAGACAGACAGACGCGAACCAACCCCAUGCAUGGCCUGUCGCCUUAGGUAACGUGUGGUCCUCCUCGCCUGGGAAACGUGCGUGCCUCGCAUCGCAGAUUGGCAGAUUGUACUCUUUUUCCCGCGCAUCUGCAUGCUGGUACGGACGUUGGUGGGCUGGCAACGUCCCACUACGAACGACCGAACAAUUAUGUGGCGAUCAGGUGUCGGUAACAAUGAUUAGAAAGAAGGGACGGCGGCACAAUCUCGACCUCUCCGGUGUGGCAAUGCAUGUGUGAGCGACACGGCCCCCAAUCUUGGAGAUCCCGUGAAUAAUUAAGGCGGAUAUAUGCAAUACUAUGCUUUGCAAUACUAUGCUGCACGCAACACGGUUCAAGUAAUUGCAGGCAUAUCCAAUUAAUUCGAGGACCACGGGUGCCUAGAGAGGGAUAUCGUCGAUCGGUAGGCAUGCAUUGGCAUCCUCUUUUUUUUUUUCCUUUUUCUUUUGCUAGUUGCAGGCUUGGUUGAUGCGUGAGAUCGACCUCCCCCAUGCCAUGCCAUGCCAUGCCUCGCGCCGUGUAUGAUGAUAAGCUAGGUCCGCGCAUGAUCCUUGUUGUAUGGUGCUACUGCUGGCGUCAAGCAAAAGCAGCACUAUAGAUCGCCCAUCGCUCAAGAUUCAGUCCAGCAGGGGUUCCCCCACCACUCGUGCAUGCCACUUGCAAUAUGUGGGGAAUAGGAGGAGAUCAGAGGAGAAUAUCGCGUGUGCUACGCAAAUACUUUCCGGCCUGUUUCAAACUACAAGUUAUUUUAUUUUUUUAAAAAGUGAAAGCAUCUUAAUUUUGAAUAAUAUUUAUGAUAUAGAUAAAUUCUAUUUUUUUUUACU